UAGCACAAUUUCUAACUUAUUCACAUUCGUUUUUACUUACAUUUGUAUGUUGACUCCAUAUUGACGAUGAGGUUCCACGUUUUGACAAACUUUUCUUAGCGGAUGUACAAUCAUAGCGAAUUGAAUUAUGGGGCGUUUCAGGCUUCGAAGUGAACAUAAUUGUUAACUCGCAAACUCAAUUAAAAACGAGGGCUGACGUUGCAAACUUCCUUUGCUUGGCUAUUCAUUUGGACUGACGACAAAUAUGGCCAAGUGAAUUCCCCCAAGGGCUGAGGGUUUAAGGCCGUCUACUUUGAGUUUGAAACGGAGCCAGAAUGUGAGCUGGCGAGAUCAGGAUGGUUCGUAUAAGGCUAUCAAAGCAGUGGAGUAUGGUCAAACCAUUCAUCUCGGAGCGACAGGGGAAGAGGGAUUCCAAAAUGCAAUCAAUUUCACCAUUUAUAAAAUACAGACUGGCUCAAAAAUAAGUGAAACUUGACAAAUUAUCUAAUGGAUUAUGAUAAUUUGCUGCAAAAGAAAAGUGGAGGUGCAAAACAAUAAAUUUGCUCCAUAGCUCAGGCGAAAAGCUGUUUGGCUCAGCUAAAGAUAAUCGAUUAUAUUGCUCAGCUCACUCACGACUCGUAAAGAGGAAGAACUUUGCAAGUGUUUCUGAUUAAUAAAUGCCAUGCUGGUGGGUGGUAACAUUAAAAUAAAACCCAGCCCUGAAAAUAAACGUAGACUGAAAAAUAUUAGCAUGACAUAUCACAAGGCCUGUGGCAUACCACCCUGCAUCCUACUGCUGGCUUCCUCAAGCAAGCAAGAAAUGCAGAAAAUGCGUCCCAAAUGACACCCUAUUCCCUAUCUAGUGCACUACUUUUGACCAGUACCCAUAGGGCUGUAGGGAAUAGGGUGGAAUUUGGGACAGACACAUAAAGAUGCUGCUGCUUCACCAUGGGGGACUGAUCACAUUAAUUUUGACACUGAUUGUUUACAGUGGCCCUCUGCUGCCAUAGAAAAGUGCAGAGACAACACAUGGUGGCAUCCAAUCACUAAUGAGGCUCUUUCCCCCUUUCUCACCAUGCUUCAGAUCACAUCCCCUCUCCCAAACUAAAAUACACUCUGAGAAAAAAGGGAAAAAAGAAAAACAGAGACAUUAAUAAUGCAGCGGUUGGCAUUUGGAUAACGUGUGUCUGUGUGUGUGAUGCCUUCACUGGAGCAUCACUACAUUACCGUAGCAGAGUAGUCAGCUUGCUGUGAGAGGAGCGGUGCAUGUGGGCGCUGUGGCAGGACCAAAUGGGAUUUACUAUUCUGAGCAAAGCACUGUGGCAUUAAGGGAAAGUGUACAAUACAGGAGUUGGGAGGAAGGGCGAGAUACGUUCAAUGGGUUAUCAGAUGGCUUUGAUACUGUAGCAUUAUACACAGCACCAGUGGAGGCUGCUGAGAAGAGGACAGUUCAUAAUAAUGGCUGCAAUGGAGUUAACGCAAUAGCAUCAAACACAUGGAAACCAUGUAUUUGAUACCAUUCCACCUAUUCCGCUCCAGCCAUUACCACGAGCCCGUCCUCCCCAAUUAAGGGGCCACCAACCUCCUGUGCACAGCAUACGGCAUGGUCAUUCUGUUGGUCUUUCCAUGUUCUGCCUUAGUGAGUGGGACAUUACUGUGAGGGCUACAAUGACUGAAUGACUGGUUGCUCUUUUCUUGUCCUAGUGAACAUCAGUCAUCGGACUUUGUGAAGAGGAUCCCUGCGACUAUAGGUCAGAGUUUGCUUCUUGGAUGCAACACUAUGAAUGGGUUAGAGAGCAGAGCGUAAGAGGUAGUGCUGGUCACCAGAGCAGAAACAUAUCAAGGUCUGUGAUGCGAAGCGGAGAGAGCUUCUGUGAAUAUCGUGACGGGGACAUGGGAUGUCUCUGACUGUGCAGCGAAAUCAACAUGACUUUCAUUCUGCCCUCAGUCUGGUAACAAGUGAAGACGUUGUCCAGCUUGUAGCAGCAUCCGGCACCCAAUAAAAAGAGAAAGAGGGUGGAACAAAGGGAGGAGAGAGAAAGGGAGAGACAGUGGUAUGAUGUGAAGGAGACAGAAGAAGAAGAAGCAAGAGAGAGAGAGAAAAGUAGAGACUAGAGAGGUAAAGUGGGGAAGAGAGAAGAAAGAAACUCACAUUUUUACAGAUGGAUCUGGGUGUGCUCAAGGCUCUGGAGAGAGAGAAGGUUCUGGAGGUUCUUCAGAGAGACAAACUUGUACGCAGCACGGAUGACGACAGGAUAAGGAGGCUGAAGAUGGAGCUACAGGAGAUCCGAAGGAAAGGUGCCAAGAGUUUUGCCCGGCAGUACAGCGAAAGGACUUGCGCCCGCUGUCAGAGGCCGCUGGGAAUGUUCUGGAACUCGGGCGCCGUGUGCCGAGGUUGCAGCCACCGCGUCUGCAACAAGUGUCGCGUGGGCGUGUCCGCCCUGGACUGGAAGUGUACCGUCUGCCACGCCUACAGGGAGGUUAAGAUCAGGUCCGGGGAGUGGUUUUUGGAAGAAAGGGCCAAGAAAUUUCCACCUGACACAGAAAGGCAUGAGACUGUUGGGGAGAAACUACUAAAGUCUUACCAGAGGUUGAGUCAUAUAACAGUCGUUCCGCCAACCCCUCCACCCUAUUACGAUGGUCCAUCCUUCAGCAGAUCAGGGGGACUGAAGAAUUCCUUUAAAAAAACAUUCACCAAGUCUAUGGAGGACCUGAUGGUUUCCUUCACCAGCCACAUGAGAAGGUUCUCCAGCUCGCAACAGGAUGUACGAGUGGAACAGGAUCUUCUUACAGUGGACAACAGGCGGGGACAGAGCACUGGCUGGAAAAGCCUCUCUGACACAAACAUCAACAAAUACAACAAUCUUACCAAAGGCCCCAGUCUUACCAACCUAUUCAAGAAGAGCCGGAAUGAUGACCAGAGCAGUUCCUCGUCAGGGGCGGAUGAGGACCUUUCCCUGGGUUCAGAGUACUCAUGGGGAAAGAGGGGCAGUAGUGCUAGUAGCACUGGUACAGACUGUGGUCUCUUGGAGAUCAACAGAGUGACAGGGGAGCUAAAGCUCGCCAUCGCCUUUAACCACAUGACUUCCUGCCUGGAGAUCACAAUAAACGGCUGCAGAAACCUGGCGUAUGGAGAUAUCAAGAGGAAGAAGUGUCACCCGUACGUCAAAGUCUACCUACUGCCGGAGAAGUCUCAGAGCAGCAAACUGAAGACAACUAUCAAGAGGAAUAAAACGGAUCCCAUUUAUAAUGAAAUUUUACAGUGCCAGAUGGAGAGCCCCUUGUUGUCCAGUAGUACUCUGCAGGUGUCUGUGUGGCACUCUGCGACCCUGAAGAAGAAGGUGUUUCUGGGAGAGGUCCUCGUCCCGCUGGAGGGCUGUAUAUUGGAGGACAGCACCACCCAGGGCUCCAACUGGUACCCCCUGUGCCCAAAGCCUGAGAGUCCAGAAGGGAGUGCAGUAGAGCAGGAUACAGCAGGAGAACUGAUGGUCAGAAUGAAGUUCACCUCCUUGUCCCAGCCGUCCUGGGUUUGCCGCACAGAUGAGGUUCAUAUUGGACCACAUGAUGUUGGUCAACUGACUGUUCUCGUCACUGGUGCCAGGAAUCUGCCCACUAAAGCAAACAAUAGUCAGAACACCUAUGUGAAAGGGUGCUUGACUCUUCCCGGGCCCAGGGAGCUGGUCCAGAGGACCCCUGUCCUGAAGAAGCCCAGUCCGGCGUGGUCUCACCAGCUGUUCUUCAGCAGAGUCACGCCCUAUGACCUCCAGAUCUGCACUCUGGAGCUUGACCUCUGGGACCACGCCCCCUUUACCUUCUCAGACCGCCUCCUGGGCUGGGUCAGAAUGGAAGCCGGGUUAUCAUGGCAACUGGUGCUGCAGACACCCAACAUGUGGCAUGACUUCAGUUUACCCAUGCAAGCCAACAUCAACAGCAAGAGAACAUGAUGUCAGAGUCAACAGAGAAAAAAGCACCUGGACUGGACACGGUCUCCCCACAAGAAAAACCUUGGCACAUUAAGGGCUCUAUUCAAUCCGCAUCGCAGAAAUUCAGCGUGAUUGAAAUUUAAAGACAAUGCUCCCGCAGUAGCGGAGUCUGCAUUUACGGUAAAUGUUGCGGAUGUCGGCUCAAUAUGAAAUUACUUUUACAUUUCAGCAAUACAGACUGAAUAGAGCCCCUACUCUACCUUUACCUCUAUUUGCACUGACCUCCAGGCCCUUGCUUAGUGAAAGUCCCUCCUAUUAACUAUUUAUGUUCAAUUGAUUACCUUUUAUGUAUUAAAAGGAUGUUCUACUUAAAAGGGACGUUCCACUCAAAUACAACCCAACUUUAUUUUUCCACUUUCCUUGGGAAAUGGCCUACAAUUGAGGUAUUAAAGUGGAAAAUCAGGUUAAGUUGUAUUUUGAAGGGAAUAUUCCUUGUGCUAAGCAUGCUCACCUGAUAACAUUGAAUGAAUGAAAGUCAUUAAAUGUCUGAGAGUGACUGUCUACAACAUA